GAAUAAAAAACAAGACUAUAGACUUGUGCACUAACACAAUAGGUAGCUGGAUUGGUUGAUACACAGGUUACCUUGUCCAGAUGUAAAGUGCAUAAUUCAAAAAGAUUUUGCGCAGAAGGUUUUUGCGCACAAGGUAUUGAGUAAUCAGACCAUACAAAAUAAAAAAAAAAAGUUCCUUUGGCUGCUGGUUAUUCCAUUAGAUAGAUAUUUGAGAUCUUUGCUAUUAUUGUUGAACACAAGUCAGUAGCUUUUAACCCAUUUGUUUCCUUCUCUCUCACAGUGAGUUUACAUAGCUCAUCUGGUAAUUACCAGCCUGCGAACGAAGAACAUUUGCUGGCACAAUCAUGCCUCCCAGGCCCUCCUCGGGAGAACUAUGGGGGAUGCACUUGAUGCCCCCCAGCAUCCUAGUGGACUGCCUCCUGCCAAAUGGCAUGAUUCUCACAUUGGAGUGCCUCCGGGAAGCUACGCUGAUCACUGUCAAGCAUGAGCUUUUCAAAGAGGCCAGGAAAUACCCUUUGCACAAUCUGCUGCAAGAGGAGAGCUCCUACAUCUUUGUCAGUGUCACUCAAGAGGCAGAGCGGGAAGAGUUCUAUGAUGAGACCCGGAGACUGUGUGAUCUUAGGCUCUUUCAAGCGUUCCUCAAAGUUAUUGAGCCAGUGGGCAACAGAGAAGAGAAAAUCCUCAACCGUGAAAUU